GGAGGAGGAGUCUCGGCCCUCAGCCCCUCCCCCUCUCCUCUAGUGUUGAAGGACCAGACGGACAGACACACAGACGCCCCAAGAUCUCCCCUCCUUCCUCCUCUUCCUCCUCCUUCCCCCCUCUCCUCCCCACUCUCCUCCCCACUCUCUCCCCCUCCUCUCCCCACCUCCUCCCUGCCUCCCUCCCCCGUCUCCCCCCUCGUCCCCUGCCACCAUGCUGUGGUCACACUGCUGGUGGAGAGCUUGAGGAAGCAGACUCUGGAAGGCGACCCUGCUCAGCCGGGGGACUAUUACCUGUCCCUGCUGGACCCGAAAACCCUCGCAGAGUGCUGGCCCCCAGAUGGCUUGAUGCCUGAGAGCAGCUACUGGCAGCUCUGCCCUCCCUCCAAGUCCGGCCUGCAGGGGGGGUUACUGAGCUCUAGUUUCCCCCCCGGCCCCGUGCCCCUGGUGCCCCCAGAUGCUCACCUGCAGGAGGGCGGCGACCCCCUGGACGGGGCCGCCGCUCAGCCGCAGCAGCACCGGCCCCUGGCGCCCAGCACCUCAGCGUCCGAGCUGUCCCUCCCUGGAGCGGCGGCGCCCCCUCCAGGGCCCGGGCCGCCUCCCCCUCCUCCUCCACCCCCCAAACGCCACUGCCGCUCGCUGUCGGUGCCCGAGGACCUGUCACGCUGCCGCUACACCUGGCGGCCCAGCGCCUCGCGGGUCUGGACUCCCGUCAGCCGCCAGCAGUGCCACGGGGGAGCUGGAGGAGGGGUUGCAGGUGUGGCCGCAGGGGCGGGAGGAGGGGGUAUAGGUGUGGGAGCAGCGGGGGGCGGAGCCUGUCCUCUCCGAGCUCCCAGCUCCUCCCUAAACUCGUCGCUGCACUCCUCGUCCAGCCCCACCUUCUUCAGCCUGGCGCUGUCGCCGGACUCCCCGCUGCCCUGGACCUUCCCCUGGGACCCCAGCGAGGCGGCGGCGGGGGGAGGAGCCUGCUGCUGCUUCUUCCCCUCACCGUCCUCAUGCUCCUCCUCGCCCUCACCCCUCCACCCACCUCCCCCUCCUCAGAGGCGUUUCUCCCUCUCCCCCGUGCUCAUCAGAGACUCGGCGGCCUCCACCUUCCUACCCCCUCAUCCGGUUCCGAGCCAGUCGGCGAUGCCUCCGCCGGGCUGCCCCGCCGCUGCUGGACCGACCACAGGGGUCCCGGUGCCCGCCUCGCCGUCCUCGGCCUGCAGCACGCCGUCAUCUCUACGCCGCAGCCUCCCGCCGCAGCUGCCGCGCUGCCACUCGCAGCCCUGCGACCUGCUGCUCCUCAAACCAGGUCUGAAGCGACGCCGUGACCCCGACCGACCCUGCGCCCGACCCGUCCUCGACUUCACCAAGAUGACGCAGACUCGGAGCAUCGACCCUCAGUGUCUCGAGCGCGGCGGCAGCAGGCUGGCCUGCGGUGGCGACAUUUGCAUGGGCAUGGAGCCCUUCAUGGGCGACUUCCGGGGCUCCUGCUCGCCGGCUGAGUGUCUGGGCAGGACCAGCAUCGGACCGCUGAGCGAGAGCGACGAGGAGUGCCGCGAGGACGACGACGAUGACGGGGAGGAGGAGCCAGACGACCGCGAGGCGGCGCAGCAGGCCGUGUUCGAGAGGGACUGUACAGAACUGGACUUGAACUUAAUAGAAGAAAACUGACGUAUUUGUAAAUGAAGGCUGUUCUCUGUUUUCUAAUUUAGUUUUAAUUUAAACCCCCUUCGUCAUGGACCACCAUCGUCUCGACACUUGGCACCUCCUUGCCACCAAUCAGCAAGGCUCUCAGGAACAACACCUUCUCUCAUUGGAUGAGCUGAUUGAUGACGACAGUGAUGAUGUGGCUGCCAGCGUUAAGGACUUUCAGCUGGAGCGUCUCUGCUGUGUGUCGUACAGUGACCGCCUCCACUAAGCUCGGAUAGUCCAGGUUUCCUCCAGCCGUCAAGUCUCUUUUACAGUCUGAUGAGGCGUUCGCCGUGAAGCGACCUGAACUGUCAUCACCACGCCGACCAGCGACCACGCAGCAGGUUCAGCUGAUUCAUCCAAACCACCGCAGUGAAAAAACAAAAGCCUCAAAAGAUCCCUAAUCAGUCAGGCUCAUCGUGCUUCAUCAUCAGUUAUCAGAGAAAAAUGGUGCCGCAUCACCAAUUUAAAAAAAAAAAAAAAAAAACUGAAGCAAACUGAGAAAUUAAUGAAAGGAUUUCUUCUGAACCCAUUUUUAGGACAAUUAUCCCAAAUUUGAGUUUGUUCGGGUUAUAUUGAAAAAAUAAUGGCGUCGCUGUUAAACAUUUCACAGGUUAGUUUUAAAUUUCCCAUCUGCUCAACAGUGCUAUGUGCUCUGCUGCAUGCACUGCAGACGGUGCUGUAAAAAACGUCGCCGCCCUGCUGGACAAACUGUCCAAUGACACCAUUUUUAUACGACCCCAGGCGCCUUUUUCUGAAAUGAUUUGAAAGAAUUACAUUUAUACAUCAGUGCAUUUCAGACAGGUGUCAAAUUAGACAGAAUUUAGGAAAUAUGUUGUUUAGAGUUUACGCAUUUGUUAUGAAGAAAACACGGAGGCAACUUUUUUUGGCGACAUUUUGUCAAAAUUGCAAAGAUCUGGGACUUUGUCUUCCCACACAUCAGAUUCUACUGAUGUUGGAGGCCUCAAAAGUUGGUGAAAUGUCAAGUAAAGUGUCUAUUUUUGUUUGAAAAUUAGAAAUUAUUCAUAUAUAUAUAUAUACACACAGUUGGAGGAAUGUUCUUAGGCCAAAGCAGCACCUUUGCUUGAAGAUGCUGCACUUUUUCCCAUUUUCAAGGGACUGUAAAAAAAAAAAAAAAAAAAAUACUGGCUACUGUUUCAGCCAAUCAAUCAUCUGGAUCUUCUAGAAACAGUUUGGUUUGUGUCUCACUGAUUCAAAUUGACUGUAGGAAUUGUAUUUAUGGAGAUGUUAAACCUUUCAAAUGGCUGUAAAAAUACAAAAGGGUAAAAAUACAAAAAUCCCCGUGUCUGAAAACAUGAUAUUCAGUGAACUCAUUUUCCAGAUUGUAGUUUUGAGUCUUGAAUAACAAAAACUUAAACUCUGAGCAGAAUCUAAGACAGUGCAGCGACAACAUUUUCUAAAAAUGACAGCAUUUAUCAGUAUAUUUAAUAGAUCAAUAAUAUCAUCCAGCUCUACUUUUAAUCCACCGUCAGGCUUAGAAGAUUCAGGUCACCCAUUUCUGCACAAAUUUAACUUGGUAAUAUUAUUUUGAUAAUGAAAUGAAGUUAAUUCAAUAAUAACUCUGUUCAAAUUUAACAAAAUCUAAAAAGUAGUUUCACAUUGUCUGCAUUUUAGCUUAAUUUUUGAGCCAAAGCGGCAACUUUACACCUAAAAAUAACUGGUAUUAUUACACAGAUAAAUGAGCUGGAAGGAUAAAAUCUAGUAUCUGUAGAGGAAAGGAGAAAAGACCAUCCUACAAGUUUAAAAAAAAAAAAAAGAAUUUGAGGCAAUAAAAUGUCUUAAAGUUGCGUGUUUAAAUGACUCUUGCAGCCGCAGCCUGUUGAACUAUCAGGUUCAACAUUAAUCAUGAUUUUUCAGGUGAGUUUCACGGAUCAUCUGAGCCCCGAACGCUACCUGGUAGAGUCACGUGAACUCGGCGUGGUGAUGCGUUCAGGGACCGCGGCGUCCCGUCGGGCUUCACUGAGGGCAGGUAGCCGCUGAUGCUGUCGUUCACCUGAGUGUUUGCACAUUCCUGUUGCACACACCUGUCACUGAAAACACUACGAGCUCUCUCUCUCUGUGUGUGUGUGUGUGUGUGUGUGUGUGUGUGUGUGUGUGUGUGUGUGUGUGUGUGUGUGUGUGUGUGUGUGUGUGUGUGUGUGUGUGUGUGUGUGUGUGUGUGUGUGUGUGUGUGUGUGUGUGUGUGUGUGUGUGUGUGUGUGUGUGUGUGUGUGUGUGUGUGUGUGAUUGUCCUGGUGAUCAUGUGACUCGUGUCCAGGUUGAAUCCAGACGGUCUGCUUUUACAUUCCUCCGUUUAUUUAUUGAUUAUUGUCAUUUUGGACAAUUUGAUUCAUUCUAAACUGUUUUGUCAUUUUAGACAUUUUUUUCAGAAUAUUUAUUAUUAUUUAUUUAUUGUCAUUGUCACAAGGACAACGAAAUUAUGCUCGGAGCAUCCAUACAGCAGAGUUAAGUGCAAAAAAAAAAAGACCUUACAGUAAUAAAUAUCAUAAAUAGCCCAGUACAAAAAAACCCACAAUAAUAAAUACUAAAUACCGUAAAUUUUUAUCAUCUUUUCGACAAAUUUUGACAAAUUUUGAAUAAGUUUCAAGUUAGGUCCGACAGAAAUGACUUGAAUUGCCUCCAUGACAGAGCUGCAACUAUUAUUGUUGAUCAUUGUUGAUGCAACUGUUGAUUAUUCUUUUAAUCAAUUUCCUGAUUAAUAAUUUGCUUGUUUGGUCCCUAAAUUGUUAGAAAAUUGUGAAAAAUUUUCAAUCAGUGUGUUUCCCAAAAGAAAACAUGGCCUUGUGCUGUCCACAACCUUAAGAUUGUCACUUUGCUUUUAUAAUGGAGUUAAUAUACCAGUUGCAAUCAUUGAAUUUAGACCAAAAAAAUGAGUCUAAUCGAUUAUCAGAAUGGUUUAAAAUCAACUGUAGCUUCAGAAUCCGUGGCUGAAGAAAAUGAUUAACGACACCAUCUUUGGAUGUAAGACUCUGUGAUGUGAAUUGUGACCAUCCUGUGACAUUCAAAACCCAAAAUAAUAAGUGAUUAAAAUAACUGCAUUUAAUACAUUUAAUUGUAUUUAAUCUUGAGGUUUUUCUAAAAUCGCAUAUUUACUUUCUAGAAUCCACAAAACAGACACACCUGGGAAUUAUUAUUUAUGAUUGAAAGGGGAAAAUUGUUGAUCCAAAAAUGUCCUGUUUUGUUCUCAACCCAAACAUGUUCAGUUUAUUGUCGUAGACGAGAAAAGAAACCAGAAAAAAACAUUCACAUUUAAGAAGCUGAAAUCAGCAAAUUUAUACUUGGUUCUCUUAAAAAUUGAAGUGAUUAUUUGAUUAUCAUAAUAGUUGAAGAUUAAUUUAACAGUUGAUAAUUAAAUGACAGUUCUGUUAGUAAAAACUGUUGAAGACUAGCAGCUCUGAAUGAAAUCCAUCCAGUAAAUCUUACUGAAUCACUUUGUUUUUGAGAUUUAUUUCACAUUAAAUAUUGCUACUUUUAGAAAAUGUUAAAGCUAGUUGUUUAAGUCAACAUCUUGCAGCUCCAGUAUUUAUCUUCAUGUGUUCUUUCAUUUUCACAUGAGCAAAAAAAUAUGAUGAAAUUUUAAAACAUUUUUAUUAAAUGUAAUUACAUUCGUUUUGGCUGCUUUUACACUCGGUCUGGAUUCAGUCGUGGAAAGUCACCAGGGUUGAUCUCGCACUGGUUGUUUUGUAUAUUUAGUUUACUAUGAUUUUCACUUGAAACCCACCAAAAAAAAGAACAAAAAGAGAACCAUAAAGGUCUCACUAAGUGUCCAUGCUGCUUCUUUGUUUUUGUUUUUUAUUUUUUUUAAACUGAGAAUCACAUUCCUGUUGAUCACUUCAAAUCCUCUGUCAGAUUUCAGACUGAAGAUGAUCCAUCACGGUCCGUGUUUGGCAGCUUUUAUUUUUUAUUCGCUGUUGUUUUAUUGUCGUGUGAGGAUGCAUCUGAAAUCAUACAUCAUGCGCCAUCGUUCCAGUGGGUGCCAAGAUUGCAUCUUGGGUAAAAACUCAAACCCAGAAGACAAUCAACAUGUUUGAAAAGGGAGUUGUUCCCAAAUGCAGCAGAAAGGGAUUUGCUAUAAAAAUAUACCAGAAAGUAGAAGUUUCUGAGCGCUGCCUGAUGGAUUAUCGUCGUCUGAACUUUACUGUUAAAUUAAACAAAAAGCAGUGAAUUGACUCCAUAAAGAAAGAAGGUGGUUUUAUGUUGUUGAGCUCUGCUGCCCCACAGAGGCCAAACGCACUAACUGAGACUUGAAUCUGACUUUUUGACGUUUUAACUCGCCUUAGAAACAUCACUUUUACAUCCAGUUGUGAUAAAACUCAAGCAACAGUUGCUGCUCUCGGCUAAUACAUUUCAACUUCUUCUCUAACAUUUUUGUGAUUAGUUGCUGCAUUUAAAUUCAAUCUGAGACACAAACGACACUAAAAAAGAAAUAGAAAUAGCAGCGCUAAAUUCCAAACAGCCAGAGUAGUAGUGACUGCUGUCUUUGAUUAAGCAACAUCACAUUAUGCAUUUCAAUUCAUUAGUUUAAAUGAGCAAAAUGUCAGUGGCACUGAUUUAUACUCGGCCUUAAAGAGCAUAAAAGCAAAGUUAAAUAUCUAAAAUAUGUUUCACAGUUUGUGUAGUUACUGCAGUCUGCCUCUGUGGGGCACUGUUGUGUUUGUGAGGAUAAAAUGCAGCAUUUUCCUUUUGUGUAAUUGUUUUUCCCCCCUGUUCUGUCACAUUGUGAAGAACAUUCAGAUUUAGCUCCCUUAAAGGAGUAGUUCAACAAUUUGAGAAAUGCAAAUAUUGAAGUUGGAGUCCAGAUGUGGUUAGCUUAGCAAUAAACUAGUAAACCACGAGGGCCAGACAGAUCUGAGGUGUUCUGUGACAUUCACAUCACAUUUAAACUCCGACUUGGAAUUUUAAAUCGAUGCUAUUGUCGAUUUGUUAGACAUUUUACAGCGUUAUUGUACUUUAUUUUGAUUAUUUAAAGGAGAGAAAAAUUGAAACAUGAGAAUAAAGUCAGAAAUUUCAAAUGGGGAAAGUUGUAAUGUGAGAAAUAGUCACAAUUUUCUUAGUAAACGUAAUAAGAGAAAAGGUCACCGUUUUUCAAGGAUAAAGAAAUACCACAAUAAAGUUGUGCCUUGAAAAUAAAUUCACAACUUUCCAAGGAAAAAAAUUUAUUAUGAAAGUCCAAAUUUUCCAUUAAAAAAAAGUCAUAACAUGAGAAUAAAGUCACAAGAAAUAAGUCUUAGCGUGACAAAAAAUUAAAAAAUCAUCCAGGGAAAGAGUGGUAACACAAUAAAGUGACAGUUUUAUCUGGAAAAUAUAACAUGAGAUUAAAGUUACACCAUGACAAUGAAUUCACAUUAUUUUUUAGUGAAUAGCAUCACUAAAUCUCCUACUUGGUGAAAAUGUUCUCACAGUGGUGUCUCCAAACUAUCAGCUCACGGUUCCAUCCAAAUACAAUAAAAUAUCAGCACUAAAACAAGCUCUUCAGCUCAUUUUAUAGGCGUUGCUGUUUAUUUGGAUCUGGUUUCACUCAAUAACGACAAAAGAUGGCAACGUUUACCUGGUGUGACUACAGAAUUAGCAUCAGAGCUAACGGCUAAAGCGACUUUUUGUCAAAUUGCUGAAGUACUCCUCGAAGGUAAAGUUUGCUAUGGGUUAGCAUCAGUGCUAACGGCUAAAGCGGCUAUUUGUCAGAUUGCUGAAGUAGUCCUUUAAAGUCAAGUUUGCAAUGAGAUUGCUAGUUAGGAAGUCUGACUUUCACCCAAACUUAUCAAGUGAUUGAACAUGAAGAAUCUCUUAACAAAAGAGUAUUUUAUCCAAAAACGGCACACACACACACACACACUGUUCUUCUGAACUACAUAAUCACAUCGUGUCCCCAUUAACACACUCGGCCCUCCUGAUUUGUUGGUUUGUUUCCGUUGACUGGUCCAUAACGCCCAGCAUAAGCCUUAACUGAACAUAUUCUAUUAUUCUGUAAAUCAAGAUGUUAAAAAGAAAAAAAAAAAGGAAAAGAAAACACUAACGGAGAAGAAAAGGAAAUGUGUACUGUAGCUGUUAAAUUUUUAGUCCUUCUGUUCAUCAUUUUCUGCUGUUUUUUCUUAAUAUUUCUAAUCUGAUGUCUGAGCGCGGCGAGGUGUCGUGAUGAACGCAUCGUGUUUGAGAAAAUUUUAAAAAAUGCUUGAGGAACGGCGGAGGAGCAGUCAUGUACAGAGUUAGCGGAGAGUCUUGGACAUCUCUUGUCUUUUAGAAAUGUUUUUUAUUGUAUGUGAUUUAAAAAAAAACUGACCACAUGGCAAUUUGAAAAGCAGUUUGUGAAUAAAUUAAGUUUACUGAGAAUUAUUUUACAAAGAAAGGGGAAA